AUGCCACGGAUCAAACAGCCCACCCUGCUUGACUUGGCCGACUCUGGUUCGGACCCCGGAAUCAACGCGCAAUCGAGGGCGCUGAAGACAGAAGACGAUAUGCCCGCCAAGAAGGGUCGAGGUCGCGCUUCCGCCAACAAGGUCGCAAAGCCCGAGCCCAAGACCAAGACGCGUCGCGUCGGGGCUACGGCUGCGGCCGCACUCGAGGAGGAGGCAGAGAGGCAGGCGCUUGCAGAAAAGGCUGCAAACCCACCAGCAAAGGCUGCUAGAGGUCGCAAACCCAAGAAGGCUGCCGGGGAUGACGAUGAGGACGACGCAGACGACGUCCUAGCAACGCCGCCGCACAGCGACGAGCCUACCAAGACCAAGGGCGGGCGCGGCCGCCCAAGGAAGGAUGCUGUGGUACCUGAUUCAGUACAGAAAAAGGCAGAGCCGCCAGCUUCAAAACGAGGUCGCAAGGCUGCCGACAAGCCUGGACAACAGAUGUUCCCCGAGAUCCCAGAGACGCAGGCAGACAGUGGGAUGGACAUCGAUGCCGCGGAGGAACAAGACCAGGUGGAGGACCUCCCAAACUUCUCGCGGUUCAGCGCUCCACCAUCUGCGCAGCGAAGCAGCUCCUACCAUGUCCCGUUGAGCGCGUCAAAACGGUCGGCCAGCUCAUCAUUUAUCGAGAGCGACCCGUCCACAAGACGGCAACUCGGUGAAUUGACAAAGAAGUAUGAGGCAUUGGAGUUGAGAUACCGAGAGCUGCGCAACGUGGCUGUUGUGGAGGCGGAGAAGAACUUUGACCAACUGAGAAGGCAGAGCGAUGAGAAGACCCAAGCCUCAAACGAGCUCGUGAAAAGCCUCAAGAGCGAGCUCGCAGCCCAGAGGCAACUAGCCAAAGAAGGACAAAAAUCCCAACAGCAGUUUGAGGCUAGUCAAGCCCGAGUCGACAAACUGCAGGCCCAGGUCACGGAGAUAACGACGACGCUAUCCGAGGCCAAGACAGAGAUCAAGUCUCUCACGACGAAGCUGAAUGCUGCGCGAGCUGCCGAGGCGACCGCCACUGCCACGGCCCAAGCCGCGACAGUGAGGGUCCCAGGUAGCGCCAUGAAGCCCAGCGCGAUGGGCGGGCGUGGCAUAGACCAGGCGCAGGUUCAGGCUCAGCUGCAAGCUACUCAAAAUGCCAAGAUGAAGGAGAACCUUUACAGCGAUCUGACAGGGCUGGUUGUGACGGGCAUCAGACGCGACGGGCCGGAGGAUGUGUACGAUUGCAUCCAGACGGGUAGGAACGGCACGCUACACUUCAAGUUGGCCAUCGCGAACGAGAACUCGGAGGAGAAUACGGACGAGGCCGAGUUCAUGUACAAGCCGCAGCUGGAUGAGCGCCGUGACAGCCAGCUGAUCGAGAUGCUGCCUGAGUACCUCGUCGAGGAGAUCUCUUUCCCGCGGGCCCACGCGGCCAAGUUCUACUCUCGCGUGCUAAAGUCUUUGACAGAAAAGCUUGACUGA